AUGUCCUCGGGCAAGGCUGUCGCCGGCCCGAGUUCGCCGACUCCCUUGGGCAAGGAGUCCCGUCGUCAAGACGCCACCUACGAGCGUCUUGACGACGAGGUCGAGCCCACCACGGCGGGUAGCUACGACAGCUACACGACGUGGAGCGGCCCGACGGCGGCUCAGCUUGCCAAGCGCAAGCGACACGAGCAGCAGGUCGAGCAGCGCGAGAUCAACCGCGCAAUGCUCCCUGAGCUGUACGCUGGCGCCCCCAAGACGCCAGCCGAUCCAGAGGCUCACGCCGCCGAGGCAAGAGCCGCUCUGGGAAUUCCUACUUUGGCCGAGUAUACUGCCCAGGCUGAUGCCAAGGCUCUCGAACAGCGACUGGCUUCGUCUGACACGGCAGCAACACUCAAUGGCAACAAGGCUGUGCCCGAGAAGAAGCGUGGCGGUCUUAUCUCUAGCCUUUCUCGCGACUUCAGUGGCACCAUUGGCUCCAUGUUCAGUCAUACUGAGCCUGAGCGCCGUGCUAUUGGAAAGCCGUUUGGUUUCCGUCGAGACGACGGUGCAGGUCCUGGUCUUUCUGGUUUCUUUGAGGAACACCGCGACUCGAUUGAGGCUUAUUCCCAGGCUAAUGCUGCGGCUGCCAACAUCAACAUUUCUGCCCCGGACAGCACAGUUGAGCAGAACAACGCCAACGACACCGAUGAGCAUAAUAGUUCCCGUGGACUUGUGGCUCCCCGUCCUCCCACACGUCGAGGCAACCGCACUUCCUUGCAAGUCACUAUUCCAAAUGCCAUAUCUCCGAUUGGUGAAGCGCACAUUCCCAAGAAGCCUGUCCGAAACGACAGUGAGGAGGUUAUUGAGUCCUUUGGUACUACAACUGUCAUCUAUGCCACUCCUCCCGACACUGGAGACUUUGCCAACCGUAACCGCAACUUUGGCUGGCCAGGCUCUGGUGGAAAUCGUCGCAACGGUGGUGGAAACUCGGGACUGGUGAACCUUCUUCAGAAUCUCAGCCCUGCAACAAUCACCAUCUUGUUCUGGAUCUUGGCAAUUCUCGCGCAGGCUGCUUACACCAUUGUUAUUGUUUGCGUCUCGAUCCUGGCCUACAAUUCUGAAAGUGAGCAACAGUAUGAUGAGGGCGCGCUUCGCGGCCUCGUUGCUUCCCUCAUUGGCAUUCUGGUUUUCGGUCCGCUAUUCGCCGUUUGCUAUGCCCGUCGCAUCUCCAACCGCACCAUCAAGAAGCACAGCAACCUUCGCAUCGAGACCAUGGUCUUUCGUGGUAGACCGGAUCAGUUUUUGUACUGGCUCUUUGUUGCCUUGGCCGAGUUGAGCUACACUUCAACCACUGCCGCAGUCACCAUCAUCACUGUUGCCUCGCAUGAUGGCCAAGACGCUUCUAACGGCACAAUAAUCUGGCUCAUGCUCUCGGUCUUUGCCUUUGCCCUAUUCGGCUUUCCGUUUGCCAUGAUGCACGCUCGUCGUACGAGUACCCGCAUCGUUCGUGGCCAUCGCUCUCAGCAGCGACACGACGAUUCGAUCGAGCUUCAGCCCGUUGGCACUCGCAACUUUUCGCGCCCGACGAAUGACCCCAUGCAACUGGCACAUGAACUUGAGGCUGCUGUAGGAAGAGACAAUGAGAACCUGCCUACGCCAGCGACUCUUCCUUCUAUUUACAGUCAGAGUGUCUUGGUCACUCGCAGCCAAAACCCCAACGUGCGUACUCCUGUUGCUGUCUACAAUGAUUUCUCCCAUGAUCUUGACCGCACCAUUGCCCAGAAUGAGGAUGUCGACCCCAGUGGCAUUAGUAUCGCCAUUUCCGACUCUCUCGUUGGUCAUUGCGAUGAGUCCUCGCCCACCCCAAGCAUCUCAUCCGGACUUACCUAUCACAGUGGCCGCUCUGAUCUGCAGAAGAUUGACAGCCCCUUGGAGCAAGUCACUCCUACCCCGAAGAGUUCUUCGACACCUGGAUCCGCACCCCAGCUCGAUUCCGACUACGGAUCAGUUCUGUCGGCAGAGCAAAUGUCCAUCAUUUCGAUUCCCACAGCUGCAACCAAGGUGCAUAUCCCCCAUUCUUCGGCCGUGGCCGACUUGUCGUCCUCAUCUGACGAUCGCUCCAUGGUGUCCUCCCCGCUGCGAACCCCUCACACCAAGGCAAGCGCCUCGCCCCAGAUUGUUUCCUCGUCGCCCUUUGACUUUCAGGGCGCCACGUCGAGCGUUUCCGCACACCACGCCGCCGAGUUCUCCAUCCCCCGUGGUGGUGGUAUGAAGCGCAGCAUUUCCCAAGCUUCGCUGGGCCGCCGCGACGAAGCUCUGGGCUCUCAUCCCAUUCCCGACCACUGGCGCCAGAUUGAUUAUGAUGCCGGCAAGAUUCACAGCACCCAGAGAAGAAUGAGCAAUGAGUACAUGUCUGGCGACCCCGGCCCCUCAUCUGGUCCCUUUUCAUCUGCUACUCCUCACCAGCGAGAUACAAACUAUGGCUUUUAUGCCAUGACACCCAUUGAGGAGCGCAGCGAGUCCGGCACUGCCCGUUCGUCUAUGCGCACCGCAAGCUACCGCAUCUCCCGCUAA